GCUCGAGCCGCUCGAGCCGCAGGCCCGGCGGCGCCCGAGGCUCCGCCGCAUGGGGCCGGCAUGGUCUCCCUGACCCCGAAGCUGAGCCAUGCGGUGCCGCUCGUGCGGAGCACCUGCGUCCUGGAGCCCCCGAAGCUGCCGCCGCUGCCGGAGGCCCUGGGCGGCGCCGGCGCCCCCUGCGGCGGCGGAGAGCUCCCCGGCGCCCGCGCCGCCGGGCCCCCGGGCGUGGCGGCGCCGGUCGGCCGCAGGCCGAGCCUGCCGCCGCUGCCGAGCCCGCACGACGCGGCCGCCGCCCCCGCGCCCGGGACGCCCCCGAGCUGGUGGUGCGCCGGCUGGGGCUCCGGGGCGAGCGAGGCCUCGGAGGGCGACGCCGCUCCGGCAGGCCGGCCAGCCUCCGGGGCCCUCGUGGCCGCGGGCGCCGCCGCCUCUGCGCGGCAGCGCCUGGAGAGGCUGCCGUCGCUGGCGAAGGCCGCGAGGGCCCGCAAGGAGCGGGCUGCCUGUCCGGUGCGGAAGCGCCCGGUGGCCUCCUACCAGUACAUCCGGCAGAGCGAGCUGGGCCCCGAGGGCUGCCGGGCCGUGCAGGCCUGGGCCCUGGGCCGCAUCUCCGGGCAGCAGUGCAUGCUCCGGCUCGAGCUGGCCGAGGCCGUGGUGCAGCUGCUCGGCGGCAAGGGGGGGCUGGGCGAGACGGAGCAGGACGAGGAGCUUGGCCGGGUGGCCCUGUGGGCCGUCGGGUGCAUCCGCCUCGGGGACACCGAGUCCCGCCUGCAGGGCGUCAGGGCAGACCUGGAGGACAAGUCGCCGGCGGAGGUCCUCCACGAGGCCUGCGCCGCCGUGCACAGGGAGUGCGGCGGGGACGGCGAGGAGGAGCUCGCGGUCGACGACCUGAACUGGGAGUGGGCGCUGCACCGGAUGGCCAUGCGCGCCCAGCGGGCCGGCGACUCUGACCCUGGGGCCGCCGUCCGGGUGCAGGUCUGGCGGGAGCUGCUGAGGGUGCACCUGGGCAUGGAGGAGCACCCCGGCGAGGGCGACCAGUGCCUGCAGCUCGCGAGCCGCGCCGCAUCGCCACGGGCGGGCCGCCUGGAGCACGGCGCGGACGACACGGCGAUGCUGGCGUGGCUGCGGCGCACGGAGCACGAGAUCCGCGAGGCGGCGAGCGCGUACUCUCCCUCCCAGCUACAGCACGAGGCCGACCGCCUGCUCGAGUACGUGGAGCAGACGAUCCGCGUGGCGGCCUGGCUCCGGGAGGCCCUGGAGGGCUGGCAGCGCUUCGACCCCUACCGCAUCAUCGGCGUCCGCAGGGGGUGCACCAGGGCGGAGGUCAAGCGGUGCUUCUACAAGAAGGCGCUGCUUUUGCACCCGGACAAGGGCGGGGACAAGGCGGCCUUCCAGGAGCUCCAGCGGGCCUACGACGAGAUCCUGCGCGAGCUUGACGGCAAGGCCGGCGAGGAGGACCCAGAGGCCGAGGAGGAUGAGGCCGAUCGGAGCAGCGCCGACUCGCCGAGGUUCCGCCCCGACAAGAGGCAGACCGCCGAGACCAAGCAGGACGCCAAGGAGGGGGAGCGCGGCGACCGGCCGGGGGGCGCCGCGGCGCGGAAGCCGGGCAGGCCAAACCACGACGCAGACGAGGCUCCGGAGGGCCAGCUCGGCUGGCUGGCGCGCGCCGCGCUGGACGCCGCCGAGGGGGCGGGCCAGUGCGCCACGGAGGCGCUGCAGCACUGCCGCGAGGCGCGCGACGCCUUCGAGGAUGAGCCGGUGGACUGGGACGGCGGGCGCGAGAACGCGGACGUAGGCCUCGCCGCCGCGCGGGCGGUGGCCGACGCGGGGACGGUCGUCGCCAAGUUGCUGGGGAAGAUGCACGAGCUGUUGCAGGCCCGGCGGGGGCAGUGCGCCGCGGAAGGCGAGGAGCGGGGCGGGGCCGGACAGGGCUCAGAGGUGCUGCAGGGGGCGGCCGAGCUGGCGCGGGAGGGGGCCGGGAGGGUGAACGUGGCGUUGGCGUUUUGCCUGCAGACGCUGGCGGAGUCGACCAUCACGGUCUACCACGACGACGGCGCUGUCACGUCCGCGUGCUCCGAGGACAGCGGCGAGACCUCCGUGGAGCGGCGGCUGGCCGCGAGCGCGUGCGAGGCCAUGGUCGCCGUCGCACGCGCCGCGAAGCAGCUCGCCGUGGUGGCCCUGGACGCCGCUGAGGCCGCCGCGGGCGCGUGCGCGCGCGCGCAGGAGGCCGACAGGUCGCUGCUGGAGGAGGCCGAAGACCAGGAGGCCUCGGGCGGGUCCUGCGACGAGGACGGCGGCCGGGAGCAGCAGGGGGGCGGCAGCCCCCGGGGGGCGCCCGGCCGCCCCGGUAGCCCGGGGGCCGCGUCGCCGGACGCGGAGGCGCAGCGGAGGCUCGAGACCAGCCACGCGGUGAGCCAGCUGCACGAAGCGGUGCGCAUGCUGCGGUGCACCAACCAGGAGCUGCUGAGGCUCCAGCGGUCCGCGCAGGAGCUGACAGCCCCGCGGGCGGCGGCGGCGCCCGCGGCCGUGCUCGCGAGCCGCGGGGAGCGUGCCCUGGCGCUGCUGGCGGAGUUCCUGGACGAGGCGGCCGUGGGCUUCCAGGCGGCGCUGCAGGACGCCUGGAGCGACGACGGGGAGUGCUGGCCCGACGUCUUCCAGAGCUUCACGGCGCAGGCGCUGAAGUCGGCCUUCGGCUUCAUCCUGCAUUCCACCCCGGACCUGGCGGUGCCGCUCGACCCGCGGGCGCAGGCGCUCCGCGCGGCGGCGGCGCUGGACUCGGAGGCGGUGGUGGACAUGCUCAGGGCGCAGGUGCUUCCGCGCCUGCGGGGCGCCGUGGUGUCGGCCGUGCUGGACGCGGCCUGCGGCGACGGCGCGUCUCGGGCCCUCGAGGACCCCGAGCUGCUCGAGGAGGCCGGCCUCCUGGCCGUGGACCGCGCCCUCCGCCAGCUGCUCGAGUCCGUGCGGCUGCUGGGCUCGCGCGGCGCCGCGCUGCGAGCCGCCUGGCGCUCGCCGUGCGCCGCGGAGCCGCCCGAGGCGCUGCCGGGACGCCUCAACAUCAUCGCUUACCUGAAUUGGCUCAACAAUCCGAGGUACGCGCUCCAGAGGCAAGAGGCUUGGGAAAACGCUGCUGACCGUUACUUCUCGGCCCUCCGCGACAUCAGGCACGAGAUGCGGAUGUACCUCGGGAACAAUGCUCCUGCGCGCGUUCGUGAGCACUUGGUGGCCCCUGGGUACUCUGGCUCUGGAGUGUUCCUCACACCUGCCUCUGUCGGUGAGGCCCAGCCCAUGGCCGUAACAGGGUCGGAGGAAGCGACCUUGGGCUGGACUGAAGCGGCGCCGCCUGGGUGCUCGAGCGAGGCAGCUGUGUGCCUCGCCCACGCGAGCUCGGGCUGGCCUGGCGUGGCGCCGCCUGCGUGCCUGAGCGAGUCUACGCUGCAAUGCCUCCUGACCGUCGACACCGGCACGGUAGAGCCCCCCAGCCGGCGUAUCCAGCGGCGCAGGCGGCAGUUCCUGCAGGCGGCCGACGCAGCAGCACGCGGCGAGCUAUGUGCCGCCGCGGCCGCUGCCCGCAAACCCCGCCCGCAGCGCACGCACGUGGCUGCCGCUGCUCGACAGCUCUGCCCUGAGGCCUUCGACGCCGCCAUUCGUCGACGCCUCAGUGCCUGGUGGCCUGGCCUGGCGAUCCCCCCAGACCUCCGCCAGAGGUGGCGGCGCCUCAAAGCCCAGCUGGCGGUCGCUGCCCCUGGCACUUGCUGGGCCACCGUCCGCGCCCUGGCAGGCGCCUUGCCCACCUCUUACCGCGUGCGUGUGGGGCAUCCCCGCCUGCCCUGCCAGUGGCGCUGCGAGGGUGGCACAGACCAGAUCUCGCACUACCUGGACGUGGAAGUGGUGCUCGGGGUGCCGCGUGUGGCGGCGGCGGCAAAGGCGGUAGAGGCGGACGCGGGGGAGGUCAGCCAGACGGUGUUUGGGGCGGCAGUGGCGGAGGUGCGCUUCUUCCGCGACCAGGAGCAGGGCACUGACUACGAGGUCCGCGUGCAUUGCACGAACCAGACCCUCUGCGAGAGCAGCAUCAAGCACCCCGAGAUCUUCAGGGUCGUACCCACGGUAAACUCGGAGUACUGCACCGACCUCGCCAGCCCGAUGCUCGCGUUGCUCCGAGCCAGCGUUCCACUCGGCGCGGGGCACCCGCGUGACAAGUUCGUGCUGGUCUCCGAGAACGCCAUUCCGAUUAAGCCGUUCGGAGAGAUACGGCAGAGCAGCCUCGCACGGGCGGAGGCGGAGCAUCAGGAGGCGGGGCAGGUGUUUGGCGGCGCGGCUGCCGAGCUCCAGCAUUUCGAGCACCAGUGGCGGGCGCUGUGGCAGCGGCGCGUCCCGGAGCUGCCCGACAGCGAGCACCAGCUCGUGGAGCUCGACUCUCUGCCACCCUUCAGAGACUGCCGUGGACGGCCAGACUGGUGCGCGCGAUGA